ACAACAUGUUCGAUAAGGUUUUGGGUAUCGCUGUGUUGGUGGCUUGCGCCCAGGCCCUGGGUGAGCACGGCCACGCCACUUCGUACGCCUCCUUCUCGCAACACAUCGGCCACGCCGGCCCCGCCAUCGCCAAAGUCGCCGCUCCCGUGUUCGCCGCCCACGCCGCCCCCAUCGUGGCGUCGCACGGCAUCGCCAGCUCGUACUCUGGUUUGUCCUUCGGCGCGGUGCACGCCGCUCCCGCUUUCCACGCCGCCCCUCUGGCCAUCCCCGCCGCUCCUGUGGUGCACUCCGCCCCUCUAGUGCACGCCGCUCCUGUGGUGCACGCCGCCCCCGCCAUUCACGCCGCCCCCGUCGCAGUGAAGGCCGUCGCCGUCGAGCCAUACGCUCCUCCUAAGUACGACUUCAGCUACGGCGUGGAGGACCACCACACUGGUGACAUCAAGUCCCAGCACGAGACCCGCGAUGGUGACGUAGUGAAGGGUUCGUACUCCGUGGUGGACCCUGAUGGUACUCAUCGUACCGUGCAUUAUUCCGCCGACCAUCAUAGCGGUUUUAACGCCGUAGUGGAGCGUUCAGGACACGCCGUUCACCCUGGUCAUGUUGCCAAAGCUAUUGUGGCCGCCCCCGUGGCGAAGGCGGUGGUCGCCGCCCCCGUGCCCAAUAAAACGCAGAUUCUUAUAAAUAUCGAAAGUCGGAAGGAACAAUCAGUGUCGAGCAACAUGUUCUCCAAACAAGGUUUCUUCCUCCUGGCGUGUCUGGUUUAUGGUACUAGCGCCACCUAUGUCAAAUCUCCAUAUGCUGGCUACGGUGGAUAUGGUGGGUACGACGGUUAUGGUGGAGGUGCCACAUCGUACGUCAAUGUAGAAACCGCAGCGGUACCAGUCUACAACGCUUACCCCAAGUACGCAGUACCAGUAUAUGGGUACGCCGCCUACCCUAAGUACGGCUACGGAGCUGGGUACGCUGGAGGAUACGGAGGUGGAUACGGGGGUGGAUACGGGGGUGGAUACGGGGGUGGAUACGACGGUGGAUACGACGGUGGAUACGGCGGUGAAAAGGACCACUACGCUUAUCCGAAGUACCAGUACAGUUACGGGGUUCACGAUCCCCACACCGGCGACCACAAAUCUCAGGAGGAAAUUCGGGAUGGGGAUGUCGUGAAGGGUUCCUAUUCGGUGGCCGAUCCUGAUGGUACUUUGCGUACCGUUCACUACACGGCCGAUGAUCAUAAUGGGUUCAACGCGGUUGUCACCAAGCAGGGGCAUGCGGUGCACCCGGUACCACUCUACGGGAAGGGGUACGCGGAGCCCCUUUAUGAGCACUAUUAA